AUGGUCGCUGCCGGCGUGAUGACCUCUCCUGGUGAGAAUGCAUACGCUUCUAUUCCCAAUAAUACGAUGGGGGAAUGGACCAAGGAUAAAGGCCUCCGCCGUCUCAACUUGGGCGUUUGCCUGAUGUUCGCAUCAGCCGCUGCCAAUGGUUACGAUGGCAGUUUGAUGAACGGUCUUUUGACCUUGCCCAUGUUCUUGACAAACCUGGGUGAGAAUAUCGACUCCAACACCCUCGGCUUAAUCAUUGCAGGUAUCUCCCUCGGGGGUACUCCAACCUUCAUUCCCGCAUCCUACUUCGCCGACCAUGUCGGGCGCAAGAAAUGUGUGGCACUUGGCUCAGUUCUGAUGAUCGUGGCCGGUAUUGUUCAAGCGGCGACUUCUGGCCAGUGGGCCUUUUUUGGCACUCGGAUAAUGAUGGGUGUUGGCUUGGGUUUCUCGCAAACGGCCGCCCCUCCACUUAUAACGGAGAUUGCCCACCCCCGUCAUCGCGGUACAAUCACAGCUGCUUUCCAGACGAUCUGGUACUGGGGUUCUAUUCUGGCUGCUGCCGUGACUUUGGGUACUCUUUAUGUUAACAACAACAGCAGUUGGUCCUGGAGAGCCCCUUGCUUAUUGCAAGUUGUGUUUCCUGCUCUUCAACUUCUUGGUCUUUGCAUUGUCCCGGAAAGCCCAAGGUGGCUGGUAUCCAAGGACCGGAAGGAAGAGGCUCUUCAGAUACUGGCUCGGUACCACGCCAAUGGGGACACAUCUGACCCCCUCGUGCAGUUUGAAUUCCGCGAAAUUUGUGAGGCCAUUGGGCAGGCGAAGGCCAUGGCUCACAAAAGUGGCUGGGCUGAGUUCAUUGAGACCAAGGGAGCGCGCCACCGUUUGGUGAUUUGUAUCCUGGUUGGGUUCAUGAUCCAGUGGGCUGGUAAUGGCGUUGUAUCCUACUACUUGGCACCCAUUCUCAAAACCAUCGGCAUCACCAACUCUAGCGAGCAGGCCGGUAUCAAUCUCGGACUCCAGGUGUGGAACGCAAUGUGCGCAGCUGGGGGUGCCAUCGCAGCAGAGAAACAUGGCCGACGGCCGCUCUGGAUGGUCUCAACCAUGCUCAUGCUUUUGUUCUUGUCCAUCGUGACGGCAUUCUCGGCCGUCUUCGUUGGACGGGGAAUCAAAGCAGCUGGAGGCGUGGUCGUUGCAUUUUUGUUCUUGUUCUUCGGUUCGUAUGACAUUGCCUAUACACCUCUUUCCAUUGCAUACCCGGUCGAGAUCCUCCCCUUCCACCUGCGUGCAAAGGGCUUGUCCCUCAACCUCACCGUUACCUUUGCCACGGGCUUCCUUAAUCAAUACGUCAACCCCAUCGCCUUUGACGCCAUCAAGUGGAAAUUCUAUUUGGUGUAUGUCGGUCUGUUGAUCUGGUUCUUGGGUAUUAUCUACUUUGUCUUUCCGGAGACCAAGGGCCGCACCCUCGAAGAAAUUGCCAUCGUCUUUGACGGCGCGGCGGGAGAGAUGGAGGCGAGGAGAGAUCUGGUAGCUGUUUCAGCGGCUGGGGCUAAUCCAAAGGAGCCGUUGAAGGCUGACGUGGAGCAUUUUGUAUGA